AUGCAUUCCCUCCUUUCGCGACUUCUGGAUGUCAGUCAAGUUGCCGCCCCCCGAAGCCACAUCGCAUUAGAAGCCAUGACGACAAGAGCAAACCUACUUCCAUGUUCAUUGCCCCGCACUUCUGUCCACUUAAUCACAUUCGGAACAAUACCCCACAUCAUUUGCAUAGCGUUAUUCACGCAGAUCCGCCGUCGGACUCUGCGCCAUGUGGCAUCUGGACAUUCUCCUCCAGUGCGCGAUUUCUGCUACUGCCUCGAAUUAUUCGUGACUUACUCGAGUCCCCGAUAUCUCUCAAUACUGUCUCUUUUUGCCAUUGGUGCUUAUGCAAUGAAGCUGGUCACCUUGCCGGUCACAGAUGAGGACUGGGCCUCCGGCCUUCAGGUCUUGUUCGGAAGAAAAUUCUCUUCAGAUAAACUGGAAUGGUACCACUCAAAGACCCUGUCUACGGCUCUGACUAGAAUCAUGCAGCAACGCCUGACCAUAUUUUCACGAUUGAUGGUCACCAGAUACACGGCGUUCGCUCUCUCGACACCUCCGAUGAGUACCUCCAGCAUCGGACAGUAGAUGCCAUAAGAUCCUCUCGAUGAGAUCCCUCCCCAACAACUUGUCACUUGUACGUUGCCACAAGACCGGUCCUGUUCUAGAGGGGUGCUCUCACCCUACGUCUUGCAUCGCGUUUGUGGUAUAGCUUCCAGUACAAUCUCGUGACCAUUACGCGCACCAUGUUUGCUGCUUCUAGAAGUAAUGUGUCAUUCUAGCACGGCCAGACAUUAGAGAAGCUCUGACAGCGGACGUAGUCUCGAGCAUCGAGAAUGCGUCUAUAAAAAUCACAUCAACCU